AGCAACAACAGCAACAACAGCAACAACAACAACAAACACAACCAACAACGAUAUUUUCUGCGAGGCGACGCCACUUUUGAUAUCCUCAUUGAAAGUGUGCAGUUGCCAGCGGCUUGCAUGAGGCUGCUAAAAAAGUUGCCGGAGAGUGUCUCGUUGACUGCCAAGGGUCACUUCUACAACAAGAACCAGAGCAAAAAACGCAACAGCAACGACAACCACAACCACAACCACGCGAAUCGUGAUCUCAAAGUUCAGCUACCACAACUACCACUUCACUGCUUAUGAUGGAACUCUUGUCAAACAAUACGGUUCCACAGCAAAUGUCUGGCAGCAAUGCGCCCAGCGCCGUCGCCAACACAGCCACAGCCGGUAACGGCAACACACCCAAUGCCGGUGGCAGCGGUGGCAGUGGCAGCGGCAGCAUCAGCAGCAAUGCCAGCAACUCAUCCGAACGUCUGCUCGCCGGCAUACUGGAAUCUUUCCCCUCCUGGGAUCUCAAUGUCGGCCUCAUGCCCAAUGUGCCACAAAAUAAUGGUUCGCCGCCACGCACCGACUUCUUUAUCAAUAACUUUCUGGGCGGUCUGGAGACGCACGGUGAUUUCAGCAUUGGACCCAUUGGCAGCGGUGCGUCGCGCAGCUCCAAAAUGUCACCGGAAUCGUCAAACAACUCGUCGAUCAGCUGUGGCUGGUGCGAGGUGAGCGCCUCGAUCCGUUGCCUCGAGUGCAACGAGUUCAUGUGCAACGAUUGCCUGCGCGAGCAUCGCAACAGUCCCUUAUCCUCCAAUCAUUCGAUUGUCUCGCUACCAACACCGAUUGGCGCCUCACCCACCGGUGGCGGCUCGGCGAACGCACACACGCCGCCGAGCAGCAAUUUCAUCUGUGACAUCCACAACGAGAUGCUGCGCUAUGUCUGCGACUAUUGCCGGAAGCUGGUCUGUCAGUUUUGUACGCUGCACGAGCACAAGGAGCACAGCUAUGCGUCCAUCCAGAACUUUAUGGUUGGGUCCAAGGAGAAGCUGGAGGGCGCCAUCGAAAGCAGUCAGGUGGGGACGCGCUGCAUCAAGAGCAGCAUUGACAAGGCGCUGGCCUUCAUCCGGCUGAUCGAACGCAAUUGCAGCGAACUGAGCGAUAAUAUACGCAAGGCGUUCCGCCAGUUCAUCAUUGCCAUCGAGGAUCGCGAACGUUUUCUGCUCGACUUUGUCGAGAAGUUGCGUCAGCGUCGUCUCGCCAUUCUGCAUGAUCAGAUGGCGGGCUUGAAGUCGGCGCUGGCCGGUCUGUCGGAGACAUCGGAUAUGCUGAGCAAGGUGGCGGACAAUGCGUGCAGCAUGGAUCAAAUCGAGAUUGCCAUGAAACUAACGAACGGACAGCGCCAGAUGGAACAGUUUGCGGGCAUCUACAAGGAUCUGCAGCCCAAGCAGGAGGUCUUCGCCUUCGCCCCGCCCGACUACAGUCUGCUGCAGGAUAUACGCAACCAGGGCGGCGUCAUUCUCGUCGAUGACAAGAACAUGCCGAUCGUCUCCAGCAGCAAUGGCAUUGUUGCCAGCAAUGUGGUCACAGCACCUGCAGUGGUUGCUGCCGCUGCCGCUGUCGCAGCUGCCUCCUCCGGCAUCGAUAUGUCCUUCGGCCUGCCCAGCCUGGCACCGAGCACAGGCACUGGUCCGCUGACAGUCGCCUCGACGACGGUGCGUCGUCCGUUGUUGCGCGACAAUAGCUUUCGCAUACCAUCGCCCAUUAUGCAACCGCGUGGCGGCAGCGCCUGUGGCAUGUCCAGUGCUGCCCUCGAUUGGGAAUUGAAUGGAUUGCGCAGUUCGCCGGGCCUGCACUUCAGUGCACCACGCACCACCCAGGCCAUACCCGGUUGCAUGGAUCUGGUGAAGGUGCGCAACUCGAAUGCGUUGUCGCUCUCCUUUGCCACCGAGGGUCACGAGGAUGGUCAGGUUAGCCGACCGUGGGGCCUGUGCGUCGACAAGAUGGGCCAUGUGCUCGUCUCCGAUAGACGCAACAAUCGUGUGCAGGUCUUCAAUCCCGAUGGCUCGCUCAAGUUCAAGUUUGGGCGCAAGGGUGUCGGCAAUGGGGAGUUCGAUCUGCCGGCCGGCAUCUGUGUGGACGUGGACAAUCGCAUCAUUGUUGUUGACAAGGAUAAUCAUCGGGUGCAGAUCUUUACCGCCAGCGGUGUUUUUCUACUCAAAUUUGGCAGCUAUGGCAAGGAAUACGGUCAAUUUCAGUAUCCAUGGGAUGUCGCUGUCAAUUCACGCCGUCAAAUUGUCGUCACCGAUUCGCGCAAUCAUCGCAUUCAACAGUUCGACUCCGAGGGUCGUUUCAUACGCCAGAUUGUGUUCGAUAAUCAUGGCCAGACCAAGGGCAUCGCCUCGCCACGCGGCGUCUGCUAUACGCCCACGGGCAACAUCAUUGUCUCUGACUUUGACAACCACUGCUUGUAUCUGAUCGAUCCCGAUAUCAAUGAUAUUCUGUCUGUCAAGGGACAUGAGGGCUCUGGCUUCCAUGAAUUCAAUCGACCCUCUGGUCUCUGUUGCGACGAUGAGGGACGCAUUAUAGUUGCCGAUUCCAAGAAUCAACGCAUACUCGUCUUCAAUCAGAAUCUUGACUUUAUGUGGGAUAUCGAGGUGCGUCCCUCCAUAAAUCCGUUGAUGCCGCCAACGCUGGAUGAAAAGGAUCGCACAUGCGAUGUGGCCUUGAUGCCGGACGGACGCAUUGUAUUCCUCAUAGAACUGUCGCCGGACUCCAAAGAAGGGUCUAACCCUUACAAGCGGUUUGUGCACGUAUUCUAAAUUAGUUUAUAAACAAUGAAAACAAAAACAAAAACAAAAAACGAUAGCAAAGGGAAAUGGAUGCAACAAGCAGAAGAAGUUAGCAGAAGACAGACGACGUUUUUUUAGACCAUUUACAAGUGCUAAAAUAUUUAGCAAAGAAAUCCAAAACAAAAAUGAAAAGCGAAAAAACAAAAAACAAAGAAACAAAAACGGCAUUAAAAUUAGUAAAAAUUUUUAGCAUAAGUGCUACAACGAUUACCUCGAUAAUGCUUAAGAGUUAUUAAACACGGUUAAGAUUUGGUAAUUUACAUACAAUACACACACACACACACAAAACACACACACACACACACACACAAAUAUAUUUAGUGAAUAUACAAGAAAACAACCAACCAAGCAACCAACUAGAGAACUAACUAAAUUAAUGCAAAAUACCAACAGCAGACAGACAGCUCAGUAGAAUUUUAGGCUAACAAAAACCUAGUGGAAAAAGGCGAGCGAGAAAACUACACUGAAAAAAAGAAGAAGAAGAAAAAUACACUCAAUAUCCAAAGAAAGUAUGAAAAGGAAAACGGAUGCAAAAGAAAACACACACACAACACACAAUAAAUACUAGAUGAAAAUAUUAUUACCUGUUAGUUAGACUGAGGGCAGUUUACUAGCUAGCUGAGUGGCAUGGAAACUGAGAGAAAGAAAAUGGGGGUUGCAUUUCAAAAAGAAAAAUGGGAAAACAAAACAAAUAACCACUAAGUUUUUU